AUGCGAUACGAAUUCGAUCGAGAGCAGAGCGGCAAUGACGAACCAAGUUUAUCACGUAUGACUCAAUUUGCCAUUGAACAUUUCCUGAAAUUUGAUCAAGGCUUUUUUCUUCUUGUGGAAGGUGGACGCAUUGAUCUUGCACAUCAUGAUACAUUGGCAAGAAUUGCACUUGAUGAAUUCGUUGAGUUCGAUAAUGCUAUCGGGCAAGCCAAACGAACCCUACAGGCCAAUGGAGCUCUCGAUAAUUCUCUCAUUGUUGUGACAGCUGAUCAUUCACAUGUGUUUACAUUUGGUACUUAUUCAGUACGUGGUUCAAAUAUUUUGGGUUUUGGUUCAGUGGAACAAGUGAAUGUGAGUGAUAUUGAUCAUGCACCAGUGAACAUCAUUGCCUAUGGCAAUGGACCUAAUUUUAAUUCAUCUCGAAAUGCAACCUAUUUAUAUUCAAUAAACAUGAAUUCGACUGACUAUCGUUCGCCGACAGCUCUACCUCUGGUUUCUGAAACCCACGGUGGUGAAGAUGUUCCGGUGUAUGCUUAUGGACCAUGGAGUCAUUUGUUUAUUGGCACACUUGAACAACAUACAAUAGCACACAAAAUGGCUUAUUCAGCAUGCUGGGGUAUCUACAAAGCCCGAGAUGGAUGCUCAAAAGUAUCUUCAUCUCAAUGCUCGACCAGCAAUUCACUAGUGGUUUUGUUUUUCCUAAUCUCUCUGCUGAAUUGUGCUUUUUGUACGAUGAGCGAGUAGACCAAUCGAAUUCUAACUUGAAAAAAAUUAUGUUUAUCGAUAUUUCGAUUUUCAGAAUAUCACGAAUGUUUUCUCUUUCGGUCAUCAUUUUUAUGGGUGUGGGGUGGGUAUCGCCGUGGGUGUGAUUGUGAAUCCUUCCUUAAUUCGCACCCCCAUCAUUAGUUGGAAAAUGAUACAUUUUCACACCAGUUAUGUUAAGUUCAUUAACUUCCCACACCCCCCCCCCCCCCCCACCCCCCCCCGCGCCGCAAUAAGGACUAGUACGAAUGAAUAGGACGAGCGCAUUGAAG